AUGAAUGACUACCGCACCCUGCAGCUUCACAUCUCGCAGCAGACCACCGGCGUGUCGUCUGGAGAUACCCAGCUGGAUGGUUAUCGCGUGCUCGCACAGGGUGUCGCUGCUGCUCAGCAGCUGCUUGCUGCUGGCUUUGUGAGCGCUCCGGUGCAGGGUAGUGGGAGUAGUGUUGAGAUGCAAAAGACCCAGCUUCGACAGGUUAUGCUUGAUGCGAGCGUCCGUCGAUUCCAAGCCCACAAGAUCUAUCUCCGUGUCGCCGCCGCCAAACGGUGGGUUAUCCAUCAUAAUGGGCUUUCACGAAACACCCAGGCAGACCAACGAGCCGCCCGUCUCCGAGAAAUCACCCAGAGUCUACAAAGUGACCUGAACCGCAUCACCGACCAGUCAACCUAUUCUGAUCUUCGAGAAGCCGACGUGAGGGCUGGGCUCUGGGUAGACGAGGACCCUCCGCUGGCAGCCAUCUCACUCUGGAUCAACACUCACCGCUGA